AUGAGUGGAAAACAAGCAGACGCAGCCACUCUUGCCGAGUUGGAGGCGGCGAAACAGCAGCUCCAGAAAGAGGAACAAGCAGUAAUAGAGCUGCGCGCAGAGAGGGAGCGCUUGUCUGCAGCCGUUGCUGCGGCCAAUGCAGGUUCCACUGAACGCGAACAGCAGCAGACUGCAGCGCUUGCAGCAGCAGGUGCUGAAGCGAAAGAGGCACAGGAGAAACUCGCGACAGCACUGGCUCAAAAACAAGAGCUCGAGACUGCGUUGGAGGCAACACGCAGUGGAGCGCAGGCCGCGGAAGCUGCAUCGGCGGCGAGUGCUCCGGCGCUCCCCACGGUGGAACCUACACAGCCCCUUCCAGAGGCACCUCCACAGCCUGAAGCUGCACUAUCUGCGGAGCGAGAACAGGAAAUACGGAAUGAGUGCGAGGCAAAAUUCAAGGAGGAUAAGCUGAGGAUUCGUGAGGAGUUCGAGUCGCGGUUGAAGGCCAAGUUGCAAUCUGUUGUCGAGGAUUUUGAGGCGAAGCAAGCAGCAAAAAUCAAAGAAGUGGAGGACCAGCAUAAGGAAAAGGUAAAUACUCGUAAGAAAGUCGUAGUACUAGCGACGUGCGAGUCCAAGUUGUACUUCAUCCUAGAAAUGUCGUAUGUGUUUUUAAGCAUGGCUGCUCCUUGUUCUCGUUUUUUCUUUGUUCCACCUUCAUCAUCGUUUUUUUUUAGAAAUAGAAUUCCUCGCCACAUCAAACACAAUGAAUGAUCUUCAAAUUAAAUUCAGGAAGUGCAAGGGUCGGAGAGCGUGAGUAAAGCUUUAGAAGACCAGAAGCAGCAACUUCUGAAGAAGUUCCAGGAUAAGUGGGCGUUUGAACGGGCCGAGUUUGAUCGGUCCCAACAGCAGCAGCGGGACCAGUUCGCUGAGAAGCUCUCUGCGGUCGAGGGUCAGUACCGCGAACAAAUUGGAGCUUUGGAGAAAAACGUGCAAGACGGCAGCAAAACGAAGGCGGACGAAGUUUUGCACCUGCAAAAGUGCCACGCCUUGCAAACCCAGGAGCUCGAAGCGGAACUUCAGAGUGUGAGGACCGCACUCGCAAAGCGCGACGCGGAAGCACAAAACCUGCAAGCGGAACGUCAAGACGGCAUUACCGCUAAUGCGGAACUCGAGAAAAGCCGGGUCGCGAUGGAAGAACUCCGCAAGCAAAUGGGACAAAGGGAAAAAGACGCAGCCGACCAACUGCGAGAAGCAAACGAGCGAGCACAAAGAGCAACAUUGUACUGUGCACUUUUGCAACCUGGUGUAACAAUGAGAAUUAGACGACGAUCACAUUCUUUCUGGUGCAAAGCCAUAAUCUUCAAAUUCGGUCACUUUUUAGCAGGAGCGUGAUAUGCGUACUUGUUGCAAGAACUACAGGCGUAUCAUAUUCUUUUUUAGCGAUCAAAUAGAAGUUGUGCUUGUGGAGUAGUUGCAGUGAUAGAAGUGUCUAGUAGUUCGAUUGAGCUUCAAUUUCAUGUAAGUACCAACGUCCAGGUUACAGCGCGAGAAUGAGGAGCUGCGGAAGGAGGCUGCGGAGGAUGGGCAAAAAUACCAUCGCGUCAUGCAGGGCAUCGUCGAGGCACAGGAGCAGCGCGUCCGAUUAGAGACUUUGCUGGAGCAAGAGCGACAGGCACAUAGGGACGCGGUAGAGAGCAAGGGUGAGGAGCUGCAAGCGGAAUUUGACUCUCAGAUGGCGGACUUGCGAUCAUCCACCGACAAGCGAGCAAGGGAGCUGGAACUGGAAAAACAAAAGCUGGAGUUUGAGCACGGCAACUUUUCGAAGGAACUAGACCGCGUACGAGGGCUCCUCGACGCGAAAACGAAGGAGUUGCGAGACAAGACGAAAGAGUUCGCUGAAGGCAUGGUCGGUUCGUCUAGCAUAGAACUCGCAAACAAGGUAGGAGGUCCUGCAGGACCAUCGUCGGUCGGAGUUGGAAUGAGCAGCGUGGUAGACCAUCAACAUCACCAUUUAGGGCAAUCCCCCAGCCAUCUGAUUGGAGGUACAAGCGCUGCAGCUUCUGCGAGUGCAACGAAUAUUCAGCACACGCUCGAAGUCGACCACUUGCGCAAGAAGCUGGGUGAGCAGACGAAGCGCAUUGAGGUGUUAGUAUGCGAGAAGUCUGCUUUAAACUUGGAGAUCCAGAACAUGAGUCGGCGUCUAGACUUGGAGAGUCUAGGCGUGGAAUUUCGUGAAUUUGCGCCUCGAAAGGUGCAUCACGGGAUCAUUGUCUUCGACGAGUACUGCCAAAAGGGCCUGUUGUAUCUGCAGAAAACUCCCAACGUCCGCGUGGGCCUCUUCGGCUACCUCAUCAUCGCACUCGCCUUGAACGUGUUCAUGUGCGCCAGGUUCCUCCUGGGCUAGGUCUACGGCUAAUCUGAUGACCACGCAAUUGAGCCGAGAGAAAACAUGCUGGCUGGCGGAGAUGAAUACACCAUGAACAAGAAACACAACCGCUUUAAUAGUCUGUUGCUCACCACCACUCUCCAUUUUUAUUUGCCUCCUAACUUUCACCAUUUAAGAAUUAAUGAAGUUGGGUCGUUCUCAUUUCCUGUGACCCAUCUGCUUCGCCCAGGCACUUGUUCACCCACUACAGUUGUGCAUUUGUCAUGGCACAGAGAUCAGGCAGACAGAGGCCACAUAUUUGUAUCUAAAAGUUGUACAAUAGACGAAAACUACAAAGGAGAUGUCGAGAGAUGUCUGGUGGACGUGGUCGUGGAGUCUGCCCCCUCUACUGAAGUGGCACGAUAGUGUUUUCCUCGCUUCCAAGCUAAAUGCAAGUUAGUGCUAUUCCAUGAUUUACCCCGACCUCCUUUAAAGAAUUUCUCUUGUCGUAGUUCUUCUUGUGCUUGUCAUGCACAGACUCGCAGUCUUCAUAGAUGACAUCCAAGAUGGAUCGAAUUUUACCAGCGUAAAGUAGAGGUACGUUGAGAUCACGGCUUUACUUCUCAAAGCCUCUCCUGUUGACAGGUUCGAAGCAAUCAUUCUUUGCUCUUCAAUGCAC